AUGGUUGGCACAGUGCUAUACCACUAUGAGAAAUGGGCCUGGAUACCCACGCUGAUCUCGCUCGUGGUCGCCACGGGUUUUGGAGGGAAGUACCUCGCUAACCAGCAAACCCCACCGCCAACAACAGCAGUACCAAUUUUGUCGUUCGGCGGGCUUCUUGCCGGCUUCCUUAUUCCCUGGGCAGCGCUAAGUUCAGAUUACUGCGCUUACUUCCAUCCAAGCGUGAACUCAAAACACGUCUUUGCAGCCGUAUAUGCCGGCCUCUGUCUACCAAAUAUACCCCUAAUGAUUCUCGGCGCAGCAAUAGGCGGCGCAGUACCAAACAUACCCAGCUGGUCUUUAGCGUACGAAACCGGUUCAGUCGGCGGGAUUCUCGCCGCCAUGCUCGCUUCUGCCGGCGGAUUCGGCAAAUUCAUCAUCGUCUUACUCACCUUCUCUACCCUUGGUAACAUCGCAGCAAGCAUCUACAGCAUCUCGCUGAACUUCCAGCUUCUACUACCUAUAUUCCUGCGCGUGCCCCGCGCCAUUUUCGCCAUCGUGUUCAUAGCAAUCGUCAUACCGGUAUCGAUACAGGCGGCGGUAAGUUUCUUCGUCUCGCUUGAGAAUUUCGCUGCAGUCAUAUCAUAUUGGUCUGCUACGUUUGUGGCCAUCAUCGCUAUCGAGCACGUUGUUUUUAGAAAAGGAGACUAUUCCUCGUACGAUGCGACCAUUUGGAACGACGCCGCUGCCUUGCCGAGUGGUGUGGCUGCUAUAACGGCGGGUGCGUUGUCGUUUGCGCUCGUGGUGCCGUGCAUGUUGCAAACUUGGUUCCAAGGCCCGAUUGCGAAGAUCACAGGCGACAUUGGAUUUGAGGUUGCCAUGGUGCUAAGUGGGAUCUUGUACCUCCCUUUGCGGGCGCUGGAAAUCAAGAUUCGAAAGAGGAUAUAG